AUGGCAAAAGAGACAUGUGCCGAGGGUCUUGUUUUGAGCGGAGGAGGGAAGGAGGGCAUCUUCAUUAAGGAAGUGAGGCCAGAGUCCCCAGCCUCAAAGCUUCUUAGUGUACAUGAGGGUGAUCAGAUACUCAGUGCCACAGUGUAUUUUGACAAUGUUAAAUAUGAAGAUGCCCUUCAGAUAUUGGAACAUGCACAGCCUUACAAGAUGGAGUUACUUCUGAAACGCAAACCAAUAAAGAUAUCCACCCUUGAGAGUGAACCAGCCCUUGAAUUUACCCAAGUGGAACAAGGUUCCUCUCUGGAAAUGAGGGGACAUUCAAAGAAAAAAAGGCACGGUGACCGAAUCUCUUGGCCCAACUUCCCCUCCUUCAGCAAAAGUCGAAAGUCCCAUUUUAAGAGGUCUCACAGUACCGCAGAUGCAGAUGAUCAGAGGAAGCUGGAGCUGAGCCCAACAACAAGUGACACAGAGUCGCCUAUCAAAUCUCAGGAGGCUGUCAAGGGCAGGACAAAGAAGCAGAAGAUAAAGUUGUCAAGUCUAAAGAUGAAGGGCCGCAAGAGCAGAUCUGUUGAACAGUCGGACCAGGACACAGACAUACUAACUGUAGAAUGUGUGCAAGUUAUGGAAAUCCAACAGAGUCAAGAUGACAUAUACUCACCGGAUGGUCUAGAGAGCAUAUCAGGAGAAACACCUCAAGUAUAUGUGUUUGAAUCAGAAUCAGAAAAAAUGGAAUCCACCAAGAUAAAAAAUGAAUGCUCUCUUCCAGACCUGACAUGCUCGGAAACCAAACAGCACAAGGUAGAACUCAUCAGACUGGACAAAACUUUGAAAACCACAGACAUAACAGUUGCUUUUUCUGAUCAAGAAAGUUCCUUAACCAAGAAAUCUCUGGAGGAAAAGAAAAAGAAGAAAGAGAAGAAAGAGAGGUCAGAACUAAAGUUUAGGAUCAAGGGAAAGGAGAAAAAAGACAAACAGAAGCAAGACAUACAUGUAAAAUCAUCCCCAAAAAGCAUGAAGAUACCAGGAGCAGAUAUCAUAACAUCUGAUCUGUCUGCACAUGACAAUACCUUGCUGAUUCCAACUAUAGUAUCACAUACUAAGCUGGAGGAGCGUCAACUCCCAAUUGACAUGUCAUAUGUAGGACUUAUCAGGAAAUCCCCUCAGAUUGGACAAGAACGAGACUUGAAAGAAACCAAUGUUAAAACAAAUUUAAAUGCACAGGAAAUGCAUGCUAAGGUCACCAGUAUUACAAUGAAACCUGACUUGCAGAUGGAAAUACAGGCUUUAAAGUUACCUACAGAGACAAGCAUUGAUGACGUUUUAGUACAAAUUGGUACAAGGACUGCUACCAAGUUCAAGCUGCCAAGGGAGGACCUUGCUGACUUUGUUACUGACGAACGUAUAAAAAUGACAGACGUGAAGAUUGUAAAAAUGGAUGUGAAAAGCCUUAAAAUUGAGGAUAAGGGGUUGAAGAUACUUCCAAACCGUGAUGAUAUUGAGAUCCCAGGCAUGGAAGAUGCAUCAUCAACUGGCACCAAAACCCCAGUGAUCAAACAGCCUAAAACAGCAUUCACUCUUCCUGUUGAAGAAAUUCAGGCGCAGACUGUUCAGAUGGUUAUAGACGUUGACAGAGUUAAAGUGGCUGUCUCCAAAUUGCCAGGGUUCAAGCUGCCGAAGGGUGACACUGUAGGACUGCCUGCUCAUCAAGAAAUCACAAAGACAGAUGUGAAUGCAGAAAGAGUAAAUGUGACAGUAGAUACCACCCUGUCUAAAAUCACAGACAUAAAGGCACAGAUGGACACGUAUGUCAAAAAGACUGACAUAAAUGCUUCACCUGAAAAGUUGAGCAGGAGCUCAGUUACCACAAUCAAAUUGCCAAAGAACCAACUUUCUGAUCUAGGUGCUCAUGAACCUAUUACUAUGACAGAAAUAUACCAUAAAAAAAGAAAAGAUGAAGCUGGAAGGACCAAUGAGGUUGAAAUCCAAAUUGAACUCCAUAAACGAGAGGACGUAGAGAUACCUGGAAUGGAAAAUAUACAUCAAAAAGGAUCUCCCAACCAAGUGGAAAGGGUAAAAGAGUUGGCAGUACCAGUACCUGAGUGGCCAACCAUCAAAGCUGAGGAGUCAAAUGUUAUUCCUUACACUAAAGGAUUAGAUAAGAAGUCAAAGAAAGCAAAGAUGUCAAUGCCUGCUCCAAAUGUUGCCGUAGAUGUACCUAAUGUGGAAAAGGACAUUAAGGUUCAAGGAACUGAAAUACCAGAUCCAAAACUGACAAUGUCACAAAUUAACAUUGAAAAGCCAAGUGUUGAUAUUAAAGGUCCAUCUAUAGAUGUGGAUGUCAAUCUUAAAAAACGUGAAAUGUUCACUUUAUCAGAAUUCAAAGUGCAGGUCCAACCACCUAGCGUUAAACUCAAAGUGCCUUCUGGUGAAGUUGAAAUACCUGAGGGCGCGGCUAAGGAAAUUGAUGUAAAAAUGAAAAAGCCCAGGAUGUCAUUUGGAUGGUUUUCAAAACCAGAAGCGAAAGCACCUGAGGUUGAUAUCAGUCUUACAAACGUGGAUAUUUUGCUUCAGAAAGGAAGGUGGAGGUCAAAGAGCAGACAUGGAUGA